UCUCUGGGCAGUACGCGACUGCAGAGAUCGGUCAAGCAGCUUCCGAGCUGCAAAAAGGGCAACGAACCAUGUGGGGUCCGUGCGUCAAGGUCGAGGGCACCAGAGGGCCCAGAAAGUCGAGCAGCCGAAGGCUGUUUGUGUUGUUCGGGCAGCUAAAGCUGCUGUAGUCGGUCGAGGCAGCGUUAAACUGCAGGCGAAGGUGAGAGUGAGGGUGAGGGCACGAUGGCCCUCGAUGUCAAGCAGCAAGAUGCUGCGAAUGUCGUCUGGGCAGCCGAGGCUGCAGAAGUCGGUCGUACGGGAAGUCGAGGGGCACAGAGGCCGGAAUGUCGCAGGCUCGCGAAGCCGAAAUGUCGAGGUGAGAAGAAGUCGCAGAUAAGACAAAUGAAAUGGUGCCCGGGGGCGAUGUCAAAAGCUCGCGAAGCUCAGUGCCGUUGA